AGCAAUUCUCAGACUCUCUUGGCAAUGGCGAAGAAUUGGUGGCAGCUUACCUUGGUGUUCCUAAUCCUAGGGCUAAUGCCUGGCAUGAGUCACCAGGCAGCCCUGGCCGAUUUGGAUUACUAUACGGCCGGAGUGGUGGAGUUCCGCCAAUCGAUCCUCAGCUUAUCGGCCUGGUCAGAUGCCCUCGAGAGCUAUGUGGAGAUAAUACACUCUGAGAAUGCCAGUGCCACGGAUAUUAUUGUGUUCCCCGAGAGCACUCUGAACUCCGCGGGCUCUACGACCUUUGUGCCCAAUCCCGAGGAUCAGAUAAAUCCCUGCCUGAGUGAUGCCAAUUUCACCGUGUACGAGGAAUUCCUGGUGACCCUAUCAUGUGCGGCCCGCAAUGCCAGCAAAUACAUCGUGAUCAAUCUCACCGAAAAGCAAAAGUGCGAGGAUGUUCCGGAGGAUACCAGACCUUGUGCGUCCAACGGAUUGAAUGUCUUUAAUACCAACGUGGUCUUCGAUCGUGAGGGAGUGGUGGUGUCCAGAUACCGGAAGGUUCACCUCUACGGUGAGGCCAAAAACAACACCUAUCUGCCGGAGCUAAGCACCUUCGAGACGGACUUCGGGGUCACCUUCGGUCACUUCAUCUGCUUCGAUAUCCUGUUCUACACCCCAGCCCAUCAGCUCAUCGAGGAGCAGGGUAUCACGGACUUUGUCUACCCGGCCAUGUGGUUCUCCCAACUGCCCUUCCUUACAGCUGUUCAGACCCAACAAGGUUGGGCCUAUUCCAACGAUGUGAACCUUUUGGCCUCUGGUGCCAGUCGUCCCUCGAUUGGAAAUAGUGGUUCGGGUAUUUAUCAUGGACGUUCUGGAACUUUGACCAGUGUUAUGAGGCAGGAUUCCGGUGAGAGGGCCAUCUAUGUGGCACAGGUACCCAAGUAUACUCGCAGUAGAUCUGUUCAGAAACGCGUGAGGAGGAGUACGCCGGAGAUCAAUUCCCGCCAGGUGGCCUCGACCACGAGUUUCUACAUGAAACGAGACUAUGUGCAGAACUAUGAAUCUGAGCUGAUUCAGUUCGGCGAGGGAACUAGUGGUGCUAUCAAUCGAACUAUCUGCCAUGGCAGCUUUUGCUGUAAUUUCGAUAUAGCAUGGAGAUCCUUGGGAACUGCUGUGGAGAAUGGUAGCUACUAUAGCUAUCGGUUGGGAACCUACGAUGGCUGGCGUAACGAACAACAAGUGGAUGCCAAUUACAUUCGUAAUUGUGCACUGUUCACCUGCUCUGGGGACUCCAUCGAUGAUUGUGGCAAGCUACUGCCCAUUGAGGGAGAGCUUCAGCAGUCACGUGUGAACUUCACCCGUCUGGAGAUCGGGGUCACCUAUCCAGAGUCCCGAGAGUUCCUUCUGUUCCCCGACACCCUGCAAGAUAAUCUGCUGCCUUUGGAACCAAAUCAGUUUGAAUGGUCGCAGCAGAAGCCCACUGAAGAUAGCUAUGUGCACGAAGUUCGCUUUGCCCUCAAGGAUACCCAGGAGCUGAGCAACCUGUUGACCUUUGCCAUCUAUGGCAAUUACUACGACAAUGUGUGCACUUUUGGAGUUGGCACUGAGGAGGAGCAACUGGCCUGUGGAUACAAGAGUGGAUCCACUAGGCUAACAACCCUUGGGGGAUGGCUGAUAAUGCCGUUGGUUAUCCUGGUUACUGCCUGGACUAGGGCCUAAUAAGAUCAAAGUGUAUAUCCAAACGACAAGAGUUAUGAUGGAUAAUAUACAACUAUCUUAAGACCCACAUAUUGGGUUCCUUUUUUUUAAUACACCUAUUGCUCGAUACUACCAGUAUUUAUAUAAAUAAAAUACAAGAUAAUAUA